AUGGUGCCGUUGCAGAGUCGCCUCCUAGUGGGCUGCGGUCUUAUCUCCGCCGCGCUCGCCGCCGAUAACGUCCUGUCGCUGACGCUCUCCGAAGAGGUCCCUAAUAAUGUUUCGGCUAACAUUGACCCCUCCUUCGCCGGCUUUGGCAUUGAGCUCGAUCACCUCUUCUAUUUCAUGGGCGACGAGACGCCGAAUGACCUCUCUAUCAACCUCCUCAGCAACCUGGCCAACUUCACCGGCCGGCCACCGUACGUGCGAUUGGGCGGAAACACACAAGACUACGUGGUUUACAACGACUCGCAAGACGAAUGGCUCAUCAAGGCGAACCCGCGGCCGACCGCAGCAGGCAAUGUCCCUGCAGACAAUUUCAUUAUCGGCCCCCGCUUCAUGGAAAUCGCAAACCGGAUGCCCAAAGGCACACCCAUUACCUGGGGCCUGAACAUGGGAUACGACAAGUCCGACUACCUCGAACAGCUCACCACCAUGGUCUCCCAGAUCAUCGAUCGAUGCACGAAUCUUAACCUCAUGUCCUUCGAAUUUGGAAACGAGCCAGACCUUUACGGCAAUAACGGGUUCCGGACGAGCUCGUGGACGGGGUCCGAGUACGUCAAGGAAUGGCGGGAGCGCGCCGACGCCGUGUGGGGGCAAGUCCUGGAGCCGCGCGGGCUGCACAGCAACUUCUUCGAAGCCUCCGCGUCGACGGCCUGGGUCGCCGGCACCGGCUUCGAGAUCAAAGACCUGGUGAGCAAUGGAAUCGACGACACGGCCAACAACUCCGACGUUGGCUACAUCACGAGCUGGAACCAGCACAACUACUACUACUUUGUCGGAUCCUUCCCUUACCCAUUGACUCUCGACUACAUGAUGCGCUUUGACACGACCAAGGCCCAAUUCGACUCGGCUAUCGAAGCCCAGAUCACUCAGGCCGAACAGACUACUCACCCGUUCGCGCUGCGAGAAAUGUCCGUCGUCGGGCCUUUGGGCGUUGAGGGACUCAGUAACACCUUCGCCUCCGCUCUCUGGACCCUCAACUUCCUCUUCUACGCUGCCACAAUCAACAUCUCGUCUGUUCAGUUCCACAUGACGUUCGACAGCAACGCCAGCGCCUGGCAGCCGACGGCCAUGUUCGGACGCGACCGGUUCGUUCGACCCCUCUACUACGGCAUGGCUGCCUUUGGUCAAACCAUCGGCAGGUCGUGCACUGCCCGUGUCGCGCAGGCCGAGAUCUCCGAAUACCCCGCCGCCCACAACGAGUACAUUAAGGCUUGGUCCGUGUACCAGGGCGACUCGCUUGCCUCUCUGGUCGUGAUCAAUGGCAAGGUGGCCAACGUCUCGGAGGCUAACAAGGGCAGCAUCACCGUUGAUGUGACUCUGCCCACCUCCCUCGCCGGUCAGGAGCUGCACCUGUCAUACCUGACCAGUGACGGCGCCGAUGCGACUAGCGGCACCACCUGGAACGGCAUCAGCUUCGAGCAGGGCAACGACGGAAAGCUGACCCAAGUGUCCAACAACGACAUCACCGUCAAGGUGGGCAGCGACGGAAAAGCGAGCAUCCCCGUCCGCGACUCCGAAGCUGUUGUCGCCAACAUCGGCGGCAGGGUCGGCAGCGGAGAGCCCGACAGCACGGCGUGCAACGCGCUCACUACUUCGUCGCAGGGCGUCGGUUCAGCGACGAGCUCUACACCGGGGUCCUCGGGCAACCCGAGCAACUCCUCUUCGGACAAGGGAAGCGACGAUGAUUCAGGCGCCGCAGGCUUGGCGUCUGGGAAUUGCAUUUACACUUGCAUUGCAUGGAGUUUGGCGGUUAGCAUUGGAGCCUUUUAUUUGUAG